CAUGUGCCUUCAUAGGCGAUGGAAGGAAAGUGAGCAAAGCCAAAUAAACAAAGAAGGAGGACUGAUAGGGCAGGCGCUGUUUAAGGAGUUCCCUUUGUAGGCUGAAGGCUGGUCUUGUGUGACUAGGAAUACAGGGCGGGGAGUGAGUAGGAAAUGCAGCUUGCUCUGGUGUGCUAAUGAGUAUGGAGGGAUCUGACUGUCAGUGCUGAGAGGAGACUGUCACCAUUACCUGUACAUUGGAGGAAACAUAAUAUAAAAAAAUGACUAGUUCAGAAAGCUUCUAUGCAGAGAAAAUGCAGGAACUACAGAAGCAGCUGAAUUCUGUAAAGAAGGCCAUCAAUACCAACUCCAAGGUGAUCGCCUUCAUGAACUCCCCCUUUGGACAAUACUUGGAAGAGCGCCCAUACAUAUCCCUCUCACUUCUGGUCUUUGUAGCACUGUCUGCAGUUCCAUGUGGCCUGUUUCUGAUUAUGAUCGUUGGGACAGCAGUAAUUGCAUGCCUUGGGGUCAUAAUAAUUGAAGGAAUUGUUGUAGCAGUGGGAGGAGUAACAUUACUUUGUGUCCUGUGUGGACUCGUGAUUCUGUCGUUUGGGGUAUCAGGAGUGCUUAGCGUCUCUUACUUUGCCAUAUCUAGCAUUUUAAACUACAUGCACAAAGCCAGGUUAUCACGGAAUGAUUCACAUCAAUCUCGGCUCGGCUCAACGGUUGCUGAAGAACGUCCUCCCGUGAAUGCUUCAAAAGAUUCAACUCAUGAUAAAUAGGGAAAAAUAUGAAAUCAAAUCCGUAUUACCCAGUUUUACACGGACCAUGAGUAGAUAAGACAUUUGUUAAUUAUACUUCGGAAUCGGAUUCACUAUAAAGAUGUCUUUCAUUAAGUACACACCCUUUUAUGUAUGCAGAGACUGUUUUAUGGACUGUUACGAGACUGUUUACCUUUAUUGCUUUAGUGAAAAUGUAUAUUGUUUUGCUGCACAAUAGUUUUGGUUUACCUGAAUAUAUGCAGGCUUUCUUUCGUAUUUAUUGUUUAUUAAAGAGCAUACACAACUCAACAUGUUAACAUGGCUUUACACAUUUAACUAUGAAAAUAAAGACACUUUCCUGUUAAA